GGGGGGGAACAUUCAAAAAAAGGUCAAGGGGUUGGGCACUACGAUUCAGUAUGCCAAGGGGAUACGGGUGGGAGGAUACCUUGCAGGAUAUGUUUAGUUUUUAAAAUAAUGCGAGUAAAUGCGAGGUGUCUUUUGUUUUCUUCUUUUUGAAGAAUAUGUAUAUUUAUCUGCGCGUUCCUGGUCUCUUUAUAGACAUGUGUGUCGAGUUUAUCACAAGAUCCAAAGGCAAACAAAGUGUGUAUCCCAAACAUUCCUUGACUGCCUUACUUAUCUCCAACUUUGAUAUGACAGGCAGUCCCCUUUCCCUGCAUAUAUGCAUCACCUUCAAGACUCCCAAAUCCAUCAGAUAUCCACCUCAAAGGUUUCCUGGCUCAGAGCCCGCUUUCCCUGCAGAUGCAUUACAAUAAAGGCUCCCAAUCCGUCAAGAUAUCCUCCUCAUUCCCCCUCUCCUCCAAAUCGCUUGUAGACAACGUUGUAUCACCUCAUAGGUGAUCCUUUUCCCGGUGUCCAGCUGACUCCACUUCCAAAUCCCCUUCCUCUAGCAGGCGUAGUUGGCGGCCCAGGAGUCAGCGUCGGCGUGCUCCCAUUCUCCACAGGC